ACUCGACGGUGACGACUGAUGACACUAUAAUAAUUUUUUAAAUAAUAGGCAGUCGCCAUCGGCAGGGCCUUAAACUAAAAACCGAAUUUAGUUCGUGACUUAAGUUGAAUUCAUUCAGUCAGUUGACGGACAUCGUGCGGUAGAGAUACAUUCUGAUUUGGUGUAGCUUUAGACUACAUAGAUUAAACAGAAGCGUGCUUAAUGUUUUGUUAGGUUUUUCCGCAUCGAAUAGCGGUUUCUUGAUAAGAACCUAAGCUGAUAUUCUUGUUGUGAGCGUGUAUGUGUGUGUUGAGUUUUAACAAUAGCAACAAUUUCAAAUACAUUUUUAAACAAGUUCCACUGUCGUUCACAUGAAAAUGAAAUCAAAAUUGAUUUGUUUCUACUGGCUGCAUAUAUUUUGUAUGAAUUCUGUACUUUCGGAUAAGUCAUCAAAUGAUGGAAAGGUUCGUGUAUGCAUUGUUGAAGGCCGUGGCAAUUACCGAAAAACUCCAAUAUUCUGUCCGACAUUAGAAGCUCAAACUAAUAUGGAAUGCGUUGUUGGGCUUGAUCGAUUAGAUUGUGUGCGACGAAUUCACAAAGGCACAGCUCAUUUUGGAGUUUUUUCAUCUGAGGACCUGGUAGCUGCAAGGUGGGCUAGUGUUGAGAUUUUGGUCACAAGUGAACUGCGUUUUCAUGAUACUCCUUUUGAAUACGAAGUUGUUGCGGUUGUUGAUAAUGAGGCUGACAUUCACUCAGUUUAUGAUUUAAAGCAGUCAAAACUUUGCCACCCAGGGCACGCUCUUGAAAAUCAUUGGACGGAAGUUCUGGCAAAUUACUUUGAAUCACUUCUCGUACCAAAAACUUGUGAUCCUAGCUUGUCCUUAACCGAAGAUAGAAUCCGAGCAAGUGCCAACUACUUUGGACCAAGUUGCAAAGCGGGUCCAUGGGUUACAGAUCCCGUUCAGGAUAGAAUGCUUAAAGGAAAGUAUCCAUCACUUUGUCAACUCUGCUAUGAUCCGUAUCGUUGUGGAGUAGGAGACAAGCAUUGGGGUCGUCGGGGUGCUCUGUACUGUUUAACUAGUGGAGGAGGUGAUGUUGCAUGGGCGAGACUUGAUGAUGUCAAAAGUCAUUUUGGUUUUAGUGGACUUCAAGCUCAAGCUGAUCAAUCUGAGUAUAGUUACCUCUGUCCUGAUGGACAUCUUCAGCCAUUAAAUGCAUCAAAACCAUGUGUAUGGGUGUCAAAACCGUGGCCAGCAGUUGCUGCAAGACGAAGUCAUGCUGCACAAGUUCGUCAACUUGUUUCCGGCCUAUCUCAUAAUGAUACAAAGGGCUGGAAGAAUGCUUUACUUAGUUUGUUGGAGACUUACCAUGUGAACAUAAAUCAAUUGGACAACACCAUUCCCAUUGAUGAUUACCUAGAUCAGGCGACAGCCUUUCAAAGUGCAUAUAGCUUUCCUGAGUGUAAUCCUCCAAGGUCCAUAGUUUUUUGCACCACAUCAAUUAUCCAGCAUAUCAAGUGCUCAUGGCUGCAAGAAGCUUCACAAGUCUACGGCAUUCAACCAAAUAUUCAGUGCAUUCGCUCAGACAGUCUUAAUACAUGUUUAGAUGAUACUAUGUACCAAACAGCCGAUGUUGUGCUUGUAGAUCAUGAAACCCGAGUAAGAGCACAAAGAGACUUUAAACUUAAGCCUCUUCUUUUCGAGUUUGCUGAAGAUAUGCACGAGCGCUAUGCAACAAUAGCUGUAAUUCGCAAGAAUUCUGGUUUCGAUAAGUUCAAAGACAUUUCAGGAGCUAAGGCUUGUUUUCCAUCUUUUGAAGGACCAGCACAUUUAUCGGUUCUGGAAACUAUAGCAAACGUAACUAAGCAACCAACACCAAUUUCGGAAUUCUUUUCAAGACAAUCCUGCACUUGGGAUCCGCGCAUGAAAAACGACUGUACAGAAAGUUAUAAGGGUGAAGAGGGUGCUCUUCGUUGUCUACAAGAUGGUGGUGAUGUUGCAUUUGUUAGCUCAUAUACAUUUAAAACUUUUUCAAAUGGAACAUUGAAUUCAACCUGGACGAAGAACGUUGACCGUAAAGCUUUCAAAGUUUUAUGUCCAUUUGGCCCAAACGGAAAAGCAACUAAAUUUGAAUAUUGUUAUUUACAUUGGACACCGCGAGGUAAUAUAAUGGUUCACAAUGCAACGAUCACAAGAAGCAACGAGAUUUAUAAUUCCUUCAGGGAAAUGGAUCGUUUAUUUGGGAGGUUUUAUAAAUCUCAAACGACACCAUUCACUAUGUUUGGCCCAUUUGAUAAAAAAAAUAAUGUCAUGUUUAGGGAUAAUACAGAUGGACUUCGCGGUGCAACGGAUUUGAAAGCAGACCGAUCGGCACGAGUAAUGGAAGAUAUUUUUGAGAAGUAUGUUGCUGAAAAAUAUCCAGCUAAUGGAGCGCCUAGAGUUAUACUAGUAUUAAGUUGGAUUGCUAUAGUCUCAGUAGUCAUAAAUUUGAUUCUGUAGUUGAUCGCAUUGUACAACUUUUAUCGCUAUAGUAUUGCUAGGAAUGUUUGAGGACAAAAAUUUUCCUAAUCCUACACUUCAUAGAAAAAAUAUUAAUUGCUCUAUGCUACACUUAAUGAAUUGUGAUAUUACUUGUAAUAAAUUUUGUUCAAGAUAAAAUAAA